AUUUCUUAUUUGACUCUUAGGGUCCUUCUCUAAUUCUCCCCAAUUCUUAGAGUUGCCCCUUCUCAAUUUUGUCUGCUAGGGUUUCAAAAUUUCUAUAAUUACAGCUUCAGAUUCAUUGAUUAAGGGGAUAUUCUAUUGAUUUUUGAAGUGGGUGUUGAGAUUGUUUUGUGGUUGUGAAGAAAGAUGAAGCUUUUGAUGGAUUCAUCAGCACCAUCAUCAUCAUCGCCAUGUAAAGAGAUGAAGGUAUCGGAGUGUUUUGGAGAAAAUAGCGUUUUCCCACCUGGGUUUAGGUUUCAUCCGACAGAUGAGGAGCUUGUUCUGUACUACUUGAAGAGGAAGAUCUGUCGGCGCCGGAUUUUGCUUGAUGCGAUUGCAGAGACUGAUGUGUACAAGUGGGAGCCAGAGGAUUUGCCUGAUUUGUCUAAGUUAAAAACUGGGGACAGGCAGUGGUUCUUCUUUAGUCCCAGAGAUCGAAAAUAUCCCAAUGGAGCACGGUCAAACAGGGCAUCAAAGCACGGGUAUUGGAAAGCUACUGGAAAAGAUCGUAUUAUUACAUGCAACUCUCGUGCUGUUGGAGUCAAGAAGACGCUGGUCUUUUAUAAAGGGCGAGCGCCAGUAGGUGAACGGACAGAUUGGGUGAUGCAUGAGUACACCAUGGAUGAAGAAGAGCUGAAGAGAUGCCAGAAUGCACAGGACUACUAUGCACUUUACAAGGUCUUCAAGAAGAGUGGGCCUGGUCCCAAGAAUGGUGAGCAAUAUGGUGCACCUUUUAGAGAAGAGGACUGGGUUGAUGAUGAGUGCCUAAAUGCCAAAGUCUCUGUACAGCCGGAUAGCCCGAGACGUCAGGAGAAUUCUGCAAAGAACAUUAAUGUAGUUCCUGCUCCUGAUGAUGCAAUUGAGGAAUUGCUGAGGCGUCCUUUUACUGUAGAUAACAAUUUUGCAUUGGAGCAGUUUGUUCAAGAGGAAGAUACUGAAAGUACCUUGCUAAAUCAGUCUUCGAGGGAAGUUAAUUUAUACAAUCAUUGUGCUGUUGCUGGGCCAAGCUGCCAGCAGUAUAAUGCGAGGGCAAGCUUUGACCUGACAGAGUCAGGCACAUCACCAUUACAUUUGCACGAGGCACCAGAGGUCUCAUCUGCUCCGGUGAAUCCUGAAAAGCCCCCAUACGUGGUGGAAGAGGAUUUCUUGGAGAUGGAUGACCUCCUUGUUGCCGAACCAAAUGUUCAAAACUUUGAUCAUGAAACACCAAAUGGUCAAGUCUUUGACAAACCUGCUGGAGACCUGGAGACUCUGCAGUUUGAUGACUUUGAUGGCUUAUCAGAGUUCGACCUGUAUCAUGAUGCACCUUCACUUCUUGAUAAUGUGGGGACACCAACAGUGGGGCAAAUUGCUGAACCAUACAUGAACAACUUUGUGAACGGGAUUACAUACCCUGAUUCCACUACAUACAUGAGCACUUUCCAGAAUGACAUGAUGAACAACCAGCAGAUGUGCUUGAAUCAUGAAAAUCAGAUAAACAAUCAAUUCUGGAUGCAUGAUGAAAGAUUCGGCGUCUUCAACCCCAUUGAAGGAGAUCAAUCAGUUGUUGAUCAAGCAUCUUCAGGUGUGGUAAAUGAUAAUAAUAUGGCAAAUUAUCCUAUGGGCGCUAAUCAAAAUCUAGCCAAAAAGGAUGAUGGUACGCAGUCGUGGUUCUCCUCUAAUUUGUGGGCUUUCGUGGAUUCUAUACCCACAACUCCUGCUUCAGCUGCUGAAAGUGCUCUUGUAGUUAACAGGGCCUUUGAGCGUAUGUCUAGCUUUAGUAGAAUGAAAUUAAAUGUCGGGAACAUGAAUGUUGCUGCAGGUAAUACCUCUGCAACUUCAACUAGUUCUGGCAAAGCCAAAUAUGGAUUAUGUUGUAUUUCUUUACUUGGAGUACUUUGUGCAUUCUUGUGGGUGCUAAUAGGAACUUCUGCUAAAAUCGUGGGGACAUAGAUAUCCCUCAUAAACAUGUGUAGAGUUUUCUUUUGCUAUUUAUCAUCUGGCUUCUUGCCAGAAUCAAUGGAAAGCUGAGCAUAUAUCUUACAAGUAAUUGGAGAUCAUACUUGAUGUA